UGCGCUGCAAAGAUAAAAAAAAAAACAUCAGCCAGUAGAUGGCGACAAAGCGCUGCUUGUCAAAACGGAACUACUGAAUCAUCGUGUAUGUUGCCGGGGGACACAUUACGGCGAUGUACUGAUUUGUCGUCAAUACGAACAACUCAAGUGUCAUACAUGCCUCACUCCGAGCAGUGAUAGCCUGCAGUCAAGCAUGAAUGUGAACCAGGGGACGGUGGGCAGCGACCCGGUCAUUCUGGCUACGGCUGGAUACGACCACACUGUCCGUUUCUGGCAGGCCCACAGCGGGAUCUGCACCAGGACAGUCCAGCAUCAGGACUCUCAAGUCAAUUCACUUGAGGUCACACCCGACAGGAGUAUGAUUGCAGCUGCAGGUUAUCAGCACAUCCGCAUGUAUGACCUGAACUCCAACAACCCCAACCCGGUGAUCAACUACGACGGCGUCAGCAAGAACAUCACAUCUGUAGGCUUCCAUGAGGAUGGACGCUGGAUGUACACGGGAGGAGAAGACUGCAUGGCUCGCAUAUGGGACCUGAGGUCAAGAAAUCUCCAGUGUCAGAGGAUAUUUCAAGUCAAUGCUCCCAUUAACUGUGUUUGUCUGCAUCCCAACCAGGCAGAGCUAAUUGUUGGAGACCAGAGCGGAGUGAUUCAUAUCUGGGAUCUGAAGACUGACCACAAUGAACAGCUGAUUCCUGAACCAGAGGUCUCGGUCAACUCAGUUCACAUUGACCCAGAUGCAAGUUACAUGGCAGCGGUCAACAGCUCGGGAAACUGUUAUGUGUGGAACCUUGCUGGAGGCAUAGGAGAUGAGGUGACUCAGCUCAUUCCCAAGACUAAGAUCCCUGCUCACAAACGCUACUCCCUCCGCUGCAAGUUCAGCCCUGAUUCCACUCUGCUGGCCACCUGCUCAGCAGACCAGACCUGUAAGAUCUGGAGGACGUCUAAUUUCUCACUGAUGACAGAGCUGAGCAUCAAGAGCAACAACCCUGGAGAGACGUCUAGAGGGUGGAUGUGGGACUGUGCUUUCUCUGGAGACUCCCAGUAUAUUGUCACUGCCUCCUCGGACAACCUGGCUCGUCUGUGGUGCGUGGAGACCGGGGAGAUCAAGAGGGAAUACAGCGGCCACCAGAAGGCCGUGGUGUGUCUGGCCUUUAAUGACAGCGUUCUGGGCUGAGGAGGAGGAAAGAGAUGACGAGACAGGAGAUGGCAGAGAGUCUGUGCAGUGUUGGACAGAAAAGGACAGACAGAAAAGCAAUGGACUCUUUGGAAGAUGUGUGGUUGGCACUAACAGGAGUUCCUUAAAAAUUUCCCAGACAUGAUCAUCUUGAGAACGUGGAGUUGUGUGUUUGAUCAUUUCAGUGAAUAUCCACUGUUUGUUCCAAGAUGUCUGCAGUGUCCUUCCUUGCCUGUAAGUAUUCAGCAUCACAGCAAGGCCAGACUUCAUGAAGUAAACGUUCAGUUUAAAGGAACAGCACGCCGUUGUGCAUCAAAUUUAAGUGGUCAUACUGGGAAACUUCUGCAACAACAGCAUAGAAAUUCCUCAGAUUGAAAUACAUGAUAAUAUUCAUCAGGUACCAUCAGGUAAUGUUUUUAACUUCAUCACUCUGUGCACAACUGGAGAUCCUUUUUCAGCAUUUUGUUUUUAUAAUACACCAUAUUUAUUAUAUCAAAAGGACCACAUUAUUUACAUUAACUUAGAUGUGCUGUGGAAUUGAUUUAUUUCUCGUGUGAUUUGUAUAAUUCAUUUGGUUCUUUUAAUUCAUGCUAUGUACUAUUCUUAGUGUCGAGGGAAAAUGAUGUACACAAAAUGAUUUCGCAGUAAAGGUGUUAUUCAUACAA